AUGUGCUACACGAUUACCUCCCUUCUUAUAAGCGUUUUAAUCGCAAGUUCCACCACUGCUACUAUUUUACCGGUUUUGCACCAAGGCAAGGUUUACAUGGACGCCAACCCCUCCUUUGUCAAAACCGUGACAAUGGCCGAUGCUGCAUUCUGGGCUCUUCGUGGCCAACCUGACCUGAGAUUCAGAUAUUUUAAGACUCAUGACGAAGACAAACUCGAGGCCCUUCAAGAAGCGUUUUCUAUGAUUGAAGACGCAUGCGACCUUGGCUCUAAAAACAUUGUUUUCCGCUGCGAUCCUCCAGGGGGCCAAUGUGACUGGGCAGAUGCUUAUGUCCCUCGUUAUCCCACUGACAAAUCCAACAACCAAAUAUAUUUAUGCCCGAAAUUCUUUGAUAAACGGAGGUAUCAUGAUGGCGAUCGAGCUCGUGUCCUCGUUCACGAGCUUUCGCAUGUUCCAUACAUUAGACAUACGGAGGACUAUGGUACUUAUGGAUUGCUUGCGUCAUUAAAUCUUCCUGGGGAGUAUAACCGUUUUCACGCGGAUACAUUUUCCUGGUUCGCCCUUGCCGCUUUUAAUCAAGACUUCUAA